AUGCAGCGCGAGCUGGAGCUGUACGUGCAGGCCGGCAUCCCGGCCGCCCAGGCGCUCAAGAUCGCCACCUGGAACGGUGCGAAGCACAGCGACCGGCUGGCCGAGAUCGGCAGCAUCACGGUCGGCAAGCGGGCCGACCUCGUGCUGCUGGACGGUGACCCCGUCGCCGACAUCCGCGCCGGGCUGUUCACGCUGGUCGGCGCCGGCACGGCCACCAACCCCAACAUCGGGCCGACGCCUUACCUGCACAGCAAGCUGCCGAUCGAGGCCACGCCGGCGGAGUUCGAGCAUGCCGACUCUGCCUCCGCGGUCGCGUGGAGCGAGUCGGUCUAUGAGAGCUUCCUGCCACCGAGCUGGCGCGGCCAUGCGCCCAUCAAGGAGGCCUGGCUGGCCGGCCGCGCCGGGCGCGACGAGCUGCUGAUCCACGGCACGACGAUCAACCCGGCCUACUACGCCAGCAACCCUUGGUACCCCGGCACGCCGCAGCAGGGCUGCCUGAUCAGCGACGAGGCCUGGGACCCGCCCACCGGCCGGCUGCUGACGAGCCGCCACCUCACGCUGGCCCAGGUCUACGCCGCGAAUGCGCGGGGCGACCUGGCGGGUUAUCUGAUCGUCGUCGACGUGCCGGGCGAGGGCCCCGCGCCGGUCGAACUGCAGCGUCAGGUCCAUGAGCGGAUAACUGCUCUGGCCGAUGGCGGUCAGGGUGGCCGAGGUCUGCGUGGACAUCCAGGUCAGCACGGCGAUGCCGACCGAGAACAGCAGCGCCGAAAUGAUGGGCAGCAGCCAGAUCCGUGUCUUGGUUCUCAUGGGGUCGACGCGUCACUCGACCAGCAGCACGACCUUGACGCUCGCGUCGACGGCGGCCUUGUCGAUGUAGCCGAUCGCGCUGGGGCUGGCAGCCACCGCCUUUUUCACGUCCGCCGCGCUGCCCAGCUCCUUCGGUGGCGACGCCUGGCCGGAGAACGCGAGCCGGGCCCACGUGGCCUUGACCUGCGCGGAGUUCUUGCUGGUGACCUUGGCGUAGAACUGCUCGCGGGCGGUGUGGUUCUCGGGCAGGUCCAGCAUCUGGCUCAGGCCCCCGGCGAUGCUGGACGACUUGCCCAGGUACAGGCUCGCGACCUGCUCGGGCGUGACCGCGCUCAGGCCCGACUUGGGGUUCACGACGACCGCGACCUGCGCCAAGGCGCUGGCGCCAUGGGCUGCCAGCGCGAGGGCGGCCAAGAGGAUCCGGGAGGAGAGGCGCAUGUGGAGAGCUCCGAUACGCGUCAAAACACGAGGUCGUACGCCGCGCGCCGCCCCGCUGUGAAUCUCGUAGCGCAAGGCGAGAGACCGGGUUGCCGUGACCGACACGGUCCCGUAAUUGAACGUGUCCCGAUACCGGCUGAUGCCUCCGGUCAGGGUGAACUUGCCCCAUUGGCGCCCGAUCGUGGCCAGGUGAAUCGUGGCGGCAUAGCCGGGACCCUUUUCACGCUUGACACGGCCGUAUUCGCCGCGGAAUUGCCAGGAACUCCAGUCGGCCAGCGCCGCGAACCCGAGAAAGCUUUGUGGCCCCCGUGUGGUGCCCGACGGCAAUGGCAGGUCGGCGCUUUCGCCAUGAAGCCUGUUCGAAUAAUCCGAUUGCGAAUAACUCACCCGCCCCGUGAACCAGUCGUUGCUGGCUUCCGCGAGCACGCCGCGAAUCCUUGA